AUGGAUCCUUCUUCAUACAGUUUUCAUCAAUCUCCUCUAAUGUCACCCAAUACUCAAUCGCUUCCGAAUUCUCCUCCAAAUUCUUUAAUGCCUCCGAAUUCACCUCCAUAUCCAACAUCUCCAAAUUCGCCUCCUAAAUCACCUUUAUUGCCUCCAAACUUGCCCCCUAAAUCUCCUUUGUUGCCUCCAAGAUCACCUUACAUGUCUCCAAAUUUACCUCAAAAGUCUCCUUAUAUGCCUCCAAAUUUGUCUCACAAAUCUCCUUAUAUGCCACCUAGUUUACCUUCAAAAUCUCCUUAUACGUCUCCAACUUUGUCUCCGUCAAAUUCGAUAUCAUAUUCAAUGUCUCCUCAAAUGCCACCGAAUUCGACAUACUCGAAGUCUCCUGUAAUGUCACCUAAUACAUAUGUAAAAUCAGAUACUAGCCCUUUAACUCUUCUCAUUGAAACAGAAGAGGAAUAUUUACGAGUUACUGCAAGUUGGAAUGGUGACAAUCCGCCUCCAAAGAAAUUAGAUAAUAUGUUUUGUUUAGUUGAUAAAGUUUAUAGACAAAAUCGGGAAUUAUUUCAUAAACUUAAAAAAAUUAAACAAGAUCCACAAUCAGCGGAAAGCCUUGUCGACGUAUUAGUGAAUUGGAUUGAUAGAAUGGAAAAACCAUAUACAAGCUAUUGCCAAGGUUAUAUACGAGGCAUUGAGUCAUUACCUGAGAUUGAAGGAAAUAUUGCUUUGCAACAAACUUUGAAUCGUCAACUUAGGAAUUCGGAGCCUGGAAGCUCGGAAAAUAUGCAUUUUACAAAUGCAAUUAAACGCAUUGAUUUACUUAUUGACAUUGAAAAACGAGCCAGGAGCUCGCAAGACUCAAAUAAUGAAUUACCAAUAUCACCAACUAAUCAACCUUCAACUCCACCUGAUAAUUAUAUAGUUGAUGCAGACUAUUCUGAUUCUCCAGAAUCACCUCACCAGGUGAAAAACGUUUGGACAUUGCCAGAAUUAGAAGUUAGUUUGGAUACAACUAGAACUGUGGAUUUUGUCACGAAAAAACCAAAGCAAAUCAAAAUUGAUUUUCUUCCUCCACGUCUUCCAUUUAAUCGUGAAAUAAUUCUUAAUGCUGACUUUACAGUAUAUGAAGAUGAUGAAUCAGAUAGUUCUAUCAGGGCACACAUAUUUUUAUUGACAGAUCUCUUGCUAGUCUGUCAAAGAUUAAGCCCAGACGAAAAACAAAUCAACCCUAAUAAGGAAUUUUAUUUAUUACAUCCACCAUUUAGUGGAAGAUAUUUAUCUAUAAAUGACAAUCUUGUUGGAAACGAAGAAUCAAUUCAAUUAAAUUUUAUGCAAAAAAAGGAUUUGGUAAUUUUGACAGAGGAUCGUGAACAAAGGAAAAGGUGGAUACAAGAAAUUUACAGGAUGAUAAAUUUUACUGUUCAAGCUGCAGCUAAUUCAAGACACUCUGGGUCAAAUUCGCCAAACAUGCAUGGGCCAAAUUCGCCAAACAUGCAUGGGUCAAAUUCGCCAAAUAUGCAUGGGCCAAAUUCGCCAAACAUGCAUGGGCCAAACUCGCCAAAUAUGCAUGGGCCAAAUUCGCCAAAUAUGCGUAGUUCACAAAAUAUGUCAAAUUCGCGACUCUCAGCACCUCAAAACCCGCAGAGUCCACCAUUUUCAUCUGCACAAACACCACAAAUUAAAAAAAGUUUAAGUACUGGUAAUCUACCAACAGUUAAUCGACCGCAACCUCCAACAGGACAUCAUAUGUCACAUCCUAAUUAUGGGCCAAAUGAAUUAAACAUGACACAGUAUGAAAGAUUUCCACGAACAGCAUCAAUGCGGUCGCAAGAUGAAUUAAAUGUUCCACAAUAUGAAAGAUUUCCACGAACAACAUCAAUGCGAUCGCAAGAACGUCUAAGAGAAGUAGAGCAGACAGUUACUCGAUUAAUUGAAGCAAAAUGUAAAGUAUUUUUACAAAAAGAUCAUGGGGUUUGGAAGAAUUUUGGAUGGGGGGAUAUGACUUUAGAUUUAGAGUCACCAUCACGAAAGAAAAGAAUUAUUAUCGAUAUAGAUAAACCAAAAGUAUCAAGAUUUGUAGAUGCAAUUGUUUCUGAAUCAGGAGUUCAGAAAACAGGAAAAUGUAAAGUAGCAAUUACAGUACCAAAUAAUAACUCACCUGUGCCAAGUAUUUAUAUGAUGCAAAUGAAGGAUGAUAAUAUUGCUAACAAAGUGUAUGAAUAUAUAAGGAGAUCAUAA